AUGAAGCAGCGAUUCUCCUCCUUGGACGUCAAGGUCAUCGCCCACGAACUCUCCAACACUCUCGUCUCGCUCCGCCUCUCGAACGUAUACGAUCUGUCCUCACGAAUCUUCCUCCUCAAGUUCGCCAAACCAGACCACCGCGAGCAAUUGCUAGUCGACAGUGGUUUCCGAUGUCACCUGACAAGCUUCGCACGAGCGACCGCUGCGGCGCCGACACCAUUCGUUGCCAGAUUACGAAAAUUCCUGAAAACACGACGUGUAACUGCAGUCAGGCAGGUCGGCACUGAUCGAGUCAUCGAGUUGGAAUUCUCAGAUGGCGCAUACCGGCUGUACCUCGAGUUCUACGCGGGAGGCAAUAUCGUUCUGACGGACAAGGAAUCCACCAUUUUGGCACUGCUACGCAGCGUUGGCGAAGGAGCCGAGCAUGAGCAAUACCGGGCUGGAGCGACGUACAACUUGUCGUUGAGACAAAACUUCGACGGCGUCCCUGAUCUUAGCACGGAGAGGCUACGAGAUGGACUACAAGCUGCGAUACAGAAGCAGCUGAUCGAGUCGCAAAAGCCGGGAAAGAAGAUCAAGAAGAAGGCAGGAGAUGCGCUUAGAAGGGCUUUGGCUAUUACAACGACUGAGUUCCCUCCGAUACUGCUGGAUCAUGCUUUGCAUGUUUCUGGUAUUGAUCGCAAUGUUCAGCCAGAACAAGUACUCGAGAGUGAUGAGUUGCUAGACAAGGUGUUGGCGGCGCUGCAACAGGCGAAUAUAGUCAUAGAUGAUAUCACGCAGGCUGAGGUGGCAACCGGAUACAUUCUAGCCAAGAGGAACGGCGCAGUAAAGGAAUCAGAUGGUGAAGCAACAGACGAGCGCGGCCUCAUGUACGAGGACUUCCAUCCGUUCAAGCCAGCUCAGCUUACUGCGGAAGAAACGAUUGUGUUCCGCGAGUUCUCCGGGUUCAACAAAACGGUCGAUGAGUUCUUCUCGUCCAUCGAGGGACAGAAGCUGGAGUCGAAAUUGCAAGAGAGGGAGGAUCAUGCCAAGCGAAGGAUCGAACAAGCUCGCGAGGAGCAGGCGAAACGCAUUGAUGGUCUACAAGAAGUGCAGGAAUUGAACAUCCGGAAAGCUCAAGCUAUUGAAGCCAAUGUGGAGCGAGUGGAAGAGGCUACGGCUGCGGUGAACGGCCUCAUUGCUCAAGGAAUGGACUGGGUCGAUAUUGGCAAAUUGAUCGAGAAUGAGCAGAAGCGUCACAAUGCUGUUGCGGAGCUGAUCAAGCUGCCGCUGAAGCUGCAUGAGAACACCGUCACCUUACUACUCUCCGAACUGGACGCGGCGGAUGGCGGCGACGACGAGGCCAACGAGACAGACAGCGAGCCUGACGACAGCGACGAUGAAGACGCUGCGCCUGCUGCAAAAGGUGGCGAGGACAAGCGUCUGACAAUCGACAUUGACCUCGCGGCAUCCGGCUGGGCCAACGCUCGGCAAUACUACGAUCAAAAGCGAUCUGCUGCGACCAAGCAAGAGAAGACUGCACAAGCCUCGCAGAAGGCAUUGAAGUCAACCGAGCAGAGAGUCAUGGCUGAUCUGAAGAAGGGCCUCAAGCAAGAGAAGGAUGUUCUACGGCCAGUGCGUAAGCAAUUCUGGUUUGAGAAAUUCAUCUACUUUCUGUCUUCCGAUGGAUAUCUUGUCCUUGCUGGCAAGGAUGCUCAGCAGAACGAGAUCCUCUACCGCCGAUACUUGAAGAAGGGCGAUGUCUACGUGAAUGCCGAUCUACAAGGAGCCGCGAGCGUAAUUAUUAAAAACAACCCUGCGACGCCGGAGGCGCCCAUACCACCAUCGACUCUCUCCCAAGCUGGCAACUUGGCUGUCUGCACGAGCAGCGCGUGGGAGAGCAAGGCGGUGAUGUCCGCUUGGUGGGUCAACGCAGAUCAAGUGUCCAAGACUGCGCCCACUGGAGAGUAUCUCACGAACGGCGGUUUUGUCAUUCGUGGUAAGAAGAACCAUCUACCGCCCGCCCAACUGCUGCUCGGGUUUGGUGUGAUGUUCCAGAUUAGUGAGGAGAGCAAGGCCAAUCAUGUCAAGCAUCGCCUGCAAAGGACGGAUGCCAACAAGAGUGUGGCAGGAAGUGAUGGCGAUGAUGCUGCUGGAUCUGAUGGCUCGGAUGAUGACGAGUUCCCUGAUGCCGCCGCUGCACCGGCCAACGAUGACGACGACGACGAGUUUCCAGAUGCACAGCAGCCAGAUGAUGCAGAGUCGGAAGAAGAGUCACCCGGACCAAAUCAGCAGGACGCGGAUGCUGCCAACGAGGAUGACGACGACAAUGAGCGCUCGCACGCACAAAGUAAUCCUCUUCAAUCCGGUGUCAAGUCUGGUCAGGAUGCCGAAGAUGAUGAAGGAGAGACUACCGCCGGCGAGACAGAUGGUGACGCAGCCACAGACAAUGGCGACGCCGAGGAAGACUCCCCGAUCCACGGGGACCCAAAGCCAAAGCCCUCCAAAGGCCAGCGCGGAAAGAAGUUCAAAGCCAAGAAGAUCGCGGACAAGUACGCCGACCAAGACGAAGAUGACCGCGAGCUCGCCAUGAAACUCCUCGGCUCAAAAGCCGCCGAGGAGAAGCGCGAGGCCGAAGCAAAAGCUGCCGCUGCGAAAGUCGAGUCUGCGGAGGAAGCGAGAGCCCGGCGGAGAGCGCAGCAUGAGAAAGCGCAAGAAGAGGGUCUGAGGGCGGAGGAGAUGAGAAGGCUGAAGUUGGCCGAGGGAGAAGCAGGUGAUGACGAGGAUGACCACGACGCAGAUAUCUUCACCCAGUUGGACGCCCUUGUCGGAACGCCUCUACCGGGUGACGAGAUCCUCGAGGCUAUCCCCGUUUGUGCGCCCUGGGCGGCGUUGGCGAGGUCGAAGUACAAGGCAAAGCUCCAGCCGGGACAGCAGAAGAAGGGCAAGGCCGUGCGGGAGAUUCUUGGAAAGUGGACGAAGGGUAUGAGCGAGCCGAAGAACAUUGAUAACUCCGCGCAGGACUCUGAGAGGAUCUGGCCGCGAGAGGCGGAGCUGGUCAAGGGAUGGAAGGAGGCGGAGAUCAUGAGUGUCAUCCCCGUGAAGCUCGUGCGGGUGAUGAUGGGUGGUGGUGGAGCUGGUGCUGAGAAGGGCAAGGGAGGAAAAGGGAAAGGAGGGAGAGGAGGCAGGGGCAAGAAGAGGUAG